AUGGCCUCAUACGUGACUCUGAAUAAUGGGCUGAAGGCCCCAAAGGUUGGAUUGGGUCUCUGGAAGAUGCCCAAGGACUCUGCUGCAGACCAGGUCUACAAUGCCAUAAAGCUUGGUUAUAGGAUGUUUGACGGUGCAUCGGACUAUGGUAACGAAGCUGAGGUUGGCCAAGGUAUCAAGAGGGCCUUGGACGAAGGGCUUGUGAAGCGUGAGGAGCUAUUCAUCGUUUCUAAGCUGUGGAACACUUUCCACCACCCUCAAAAUGUGCCUAUAGGGCUACAGAAGACCUUGGACGACCUACAACUGGACUACGUCGAUCUCUACUACAUCCAUUUCCCGAUAGCCACUGAGUUCGUCCCCGUGGAAACACUGUACCCACCAGGGUUUGGCACUACUGAGGAGUUCGUCUUUGAAGACGUGCCAAUUAUUGACACGUAUCGUGCGCUGGAAGAUGCCCAUGCUCAAGGCAAGAUCAAGGCCAUUGGUGUCUCCAAUUUCAGUGGUGCUCUCGUCCAAGAUCUUCUCAGAGGCGCCAGAAUUAAGCCGUCUGCGUUACAGAUAGAGCACCACCCCUAUCUGGUCCAGCCAAGGCUUGUUGAGUACGCUCAGAGAGCCGGGUUGUGGGUUGUUGCGUACUCUUCAUUCGGGCCUCAGUCUUUCUUCGAGCUGAACCACCCACGGGCUAAGGAUCUACAGCCAUUGUUCGAGAACGAGGCCAUCAAUGCAAUUGCUGCACAGCACAACAAGAAACCAUCACAGGUGCUGCUGAGAUGGGCCACGCAGAGAGGCCUGGGAGUCAUUCCUAAAUCCUCAAACAGAGACAGGCUAUUGGAGAACUUGUACGUCGAAGACUUCACCCUCUCGGAUGAAGAAUUGCACACGAUUUCCUCGUUGGACAGAGGCAUCCGGUUCAACGACCCGUGGGACUGGAAGGACACGGGCAUUCCAACGUUCAUCUGACACCAGGCUUUAAUAGACAAGUUUCCAUAGACAAGUUUCAAUAGAAAAUGUACAACUAAAUCUUUCACCUGUAUACGGCGGAGGAACGGGACGCAAAGACCCGCCCAAUCCGGACACGUUCGCGCUUUGUGUGCUGCCCCUACC